UGUUGGGUCGGGGUGAGCCCUGCCCCGCUGCCCCAUGGAUAAUCCCUCCCAGGUACAACCCUCCACACCGUGCACUUUGGCCCCAGCCAGCUCCCAGGGCUGCUCUCUGUCCCCGGGGUGGGGCCAUGCCAAGUGACAGGGCUCCUGUGACCCCAGCCACACACGGGAGCAGAGAAGCCGGGCGGGCAGCUCAGGAGAUGUCUCUGUGACAGAGGCUCAGAGGGGUAGGUCUCUGCCAUGUGGGGCUGGGCCCUGCUCCCCAUCCUGCUGGCCAUCUGCGGCACCGUGGGCUUCUGGGUGGUAUACGCCAUGUCCGUGGCCAACGGGUCUGUGAAUGUCACAGUCAUGUUCCCGUAUAUCAGCACCUGCGGAUCCGACCCUCCCCAGAGCUGCAUCUUCGGUCAAGUGCUGAACAUGGGGGCAUUCCUGGUCAUCCUGAUCAGCUACUUGCGGUUCCAGCAGGUGCGGGACUGGGGGUGUCCCUGCGCCCUGAACACGGCCGGCCUCUGCCUGGGGCUGCUCUGUGCCCUAGGGGCCUCUGUCGUGGGCAACUUCCAGCAAAGUAACCAGCUGGAGACUCACUUGUUUGGGGCGUUUCUGGCCUUCGUCGUGGGUGUCGUUUAUUUCUGGGUCCAGGCCGCGCUGACCAAACGGGUGAAGCCGCAUCCUGGCGGGCGUUGGAUCGGACCAACCCGGUUCUGUCUCAGUGCGGGCAGCACGGCCCUGCUUGUGGCCAUGUUCGCUCUGCACGGGCUGGGGCUGAGGUCGGAAGCCGCGGCCUGCGAAUGGACCUUGGCCCUGAUCCUCUUCCUCCUCUUCGGCCUCUUCGCCGUGGAUUUCCGGCACAUCGAGUCCUGCUCCGUGGGGCUGCAGCACCGGGCGCCCCCCCCUGCCCUGGAGCUGGGCGCCACCUCCACCCAGACCCUGGCGCUCUAGCCCCGGCCCCACCCGGACUGUGCCCCCCACGGCUGUGGGGCAGGGACCCUUGGAUGGCCACCCUCAGCUCUUCUCCCCCCCCCCCCGCUGCGGGCACUGCUGGUGGGGGAAGCUUGCAGCGCUGGGGGCUGGCUGGCGGCUGGGAGCGAGACUGGGGGAACCAUGGUUCUGGUGGGUGUGUGUGUGUGGGGGGGGAAAAAUGUUCGCAGACCCCCUUAUUUCCCCCCCUCC